AUGUCUAGCAAUAGCUAUUCGACUCCAAACCAACUGAGUUUGGCUAGAUUUGCAUUCAAUAUCUAUGGAGCUUUAAAUCAGUCGUCAUCUAUUGAGAGUGGGUCACCAUCAUCAUCGAAUAGUUCAGUUCGAUCAAGAUUAAACGACAAUGCAGCCAAUAAGAACAGAUUGACAUAUAACUGUGAGAGGGAAGUAGCAUGCGUGUCACAAUAUAGCCCAUCAGGGAUAUCGCCGUAUAGUGAAGCUGAGACCUUGAAUCAUGUUGUGAUAGGUGGAAAAAACUACUUAAAGAUCUUGACAUUGAAUGGUGAACAAACUCGAAUCACACAAGAAACAAACGUUCUUGAGCAGGCAGGUCCACUAUACUCCAAAUCAAGAAUACCGCUUUCUAGUAAGCUUAAUAAUAUCAAUACGAUAAAGACAUCGACCGAUUCUAUUGCUUGUGGUCUUUCAAAUGGAAUUAUAUCUAUUUAUAAGGUGAAUAAUAAUGGAAAAUCCAGUUUGACACACAAAUUUACUGAUCACAAACGUUGCAUAAACUCAUUGGACUUCAAUCCGAAACCUGAGAAUCCUAACUUGUUAAUAUCAGGCUCUCAAGAUGGAUCUAUCAAGCUAUGGGACUUGAGAUCUUCAUCUGUUAAACCAGAGACUACAGUAAUCUCGGGCGGUCAUUCAGAUCCUGUCAGGGCAUGUCAAAUUUCACCACAUACACAGGUAAGGAACAAACUCACUGUAUUGUCGGCUCAUGAUUCAGGUACAUUAUGCAUGCAUGAUUUACGGUGUCCUGGACAUCAACAACUGCAUUUACCUUUAUAUACACCAGAACGUAAAUGCAAUUUUCACACGGGUCCAGCAUUGUCUUUACAUAUUCAUCCUGAAAAAGAAUACGUAAUUACUGGUGGUCGUGAUCAGAAAUUAUGCAUUUGGAAUUAUGGCAGAUCAUUUGCUUUCAAUAAUACUAGUCCAGACUUUAUUGUAAAUACUUAUGGGCCAGUGAUGAAAGUGAGAUGGUCGAAUUAUGCUUGCAGCUCUAACGAUAUUGACCAUAGCCAUGCAGAAUAUUCCAAAUUUGACGAAAAAUCAACCUAUGAAGAAAGAGAGACAGCUUACGCUUCUACUACUAAUAAUCCAUUAUACAAUUAUGACUUUGCAUGCCUGUACCUAAACGAUGACCCGACAUUAGCUGUUUUCAACCUUAAAAGAAAGUAUAUUCCCAAGGAAGUUAUUACCUCAACUAAACCGUUUCAGAACUUUAUUUGGGCCAAAAAUUAUUCUCAAACUAGGAGUAUGUGGACAAUAACAAAGUCAAAUGUCUUUGCUGCUUACAAUUUAGAUAAUAAUUGCAAUCAACAGGACAUAUCCAAGCCUUUGGACAAUUUGAGUAACGUUUCGGUCACCUGGAAUGAUGGCAUUGGGGACUUUUGUUUUGUUACUCAAGAAAAAGAUGAAUUUGAAUUUAAUUCUGAAACAGAUACUUCUACAGAGGCUUCUAUGUAUAGCGAUUCGGGUCACGAGCUUCCUCUGUAUGGAGAGUCAGCUCUUCACUUACGAAGGUUGAGUGAAGACCAAGAUGCUAGCAAUUUUGAACCAAAUUAUAAUGGUGACUACUCACCCUAUGGUUCAAAGAUUCAAGUGGGAUCUGUUCCAAUUGCAUAUUCUAGUACAGCUACGCUGAAAAAUGAUCGGAAUACGAAUCAGAAAACACCCAUGAUGCAUAGUUUGAAAUCUUCUCCAAAACCAACAGGCAGAUUAUCAUCGGCUUUUAAUGAUGCACAAAAUAGACCUUCCUUAGACAGAAACCAAUCUCAGUCUACAUUUGAAUCUUCAGUGUCAAUUAAUCACGCAGCUCAAACAAAGGUGAAUACUAAAAGAAAACUGCUUUGCGUCAAUUAUGCUUCGCCUUAUCUUGUUCCACUUUCGCUUCCUUUACCACUCAACGAUGAAUAUGUUUUUGAAGCACUAUCUCAAAACUAUUUGAUAUCUAUACCUGAUGGAUUUCGACUACAUGAUGUUUGCCUUCUCAACGCUAGCGUCGCUGCUAGUGUAAACAGAUAUAGGGAUUGCCAGGUUUGGCGUAUGCUAGCAGUCAGCCUUGAGCAAAAUCAUCAAGUUGAGAAGACCAAUAUGGAUUUCACAGAGGAGUCAAAGGAUGACCAGGGAGGCGAUUCUAGGUCGAUUCUGUCAGACUUGGGAAACUUUGUAGGUUCAUACAACUCAAAUUCUACCCUGACAACCAACUAUGGUGGCACCGCUGGCAACGAAAAUAGCGCAGAGUCACUGGAAAAAGCAAUAUCAAGGCAGCAGUCAUUUAAUCAGAUAUAUUCUGAAACUAAAAAUCUGUCAUCUCACAAUUUAAUGAACAUUAUUAACGUUGGCCGAGGAAACAGCUUCACACAUGGCCCUAACACCUCAAGUAAUGCUUUUUUUAAAAAUAACGAGAACCCUCCUAACGAUGACAACGAAGAUGCAAUAGAGGAUGAUGACGAAGAAAAUAAUGUAAAUAGCAAAGCUAAAUCUCAAAGUGAGGGCUUUUCGAAUGUUGAUAUCAAGAGAAGUAAGUCAGACUCAUCUCUGAAACAACCGAAUAAAAUCUCCAGAGAAAUAGGGAAGAAACACUCCGUCGCUUCAUUUUCAGAAGACUCGAGUAGUCUGCCCAUAAAAUAUAGCCCUAUAAAGGCGGAGCCUGAAAAUUACCUGAAAAUGGAGAUUUUGCCAAAUUCAAAGACUUUGGUAGGCAAGCAUCUGUUCCAAAGGCGACCGUCUUAUCUGAGAGUAGCCACAAAAUAUCACUUUGAGAAUAGCGAAGAUUUAGAUGAUGAAAACCAAAAUAUACUAAAUAAAGCAGCUGUUGGGUCAUUUUCUUCUGCCUCAACACAUCAAGAAAUUGGAGACGGGUUCGGGAGUUUUGGCCACACUUAUCACUCAUAUAACUCUCAUGGAUCCUUUGGAUAUUCGGCUCCGCAUUCUCAAGGAUCUUCUUUGUCAAGAAGAGACUCGGUCAUACCAACGCAGGGCUUUUUUAAGACCCACGAUAAAACGACCAGAAACAAAGACAACCGUUUAGAUGAGGUGAACGAAGACGUCGAGGAAAGACAAUCUGCGGAUAAAAAUUUGAUGCAUUCAGAAUUGACAAGAGCAAUUAAUGAAAGUGAAAAUGAUGCAACUUCCUCGAAAGCAUGGGAAACAUUCAGCUUAUUGCUGAAAGCAUUGGACUAUGCAGCCCUACAAGGAGAUAUUGUCUUUUGUGCUACUCUCACCAUGCUUUUCUAUGAUGUAACUAAUAUUGACAGGGCCAGAAGUUUGGAAUGGCUUUCUUUGUACGUGGAAAUACUUCAAAGAAAGAGACUUUUUGUGAACGCCGUGCAAAUCAUAAAGACGGCUCCUAAGGACCUAGCUUCAGAUCUAGCCACCAAUAAGGAUCUUGAUCUUAGAUUUUACUGCCCAAAGUGCCAAACAUUAAUAGUAAAUGAACAGUCAAAGGAUCUUUCCCAAGGUCUCUGGUAUUGCAGUCGAUGUUCAAGCCCCCAGCCAAGCUGCAUUUAUUGUGGAGAACCGUGCAAAGGAUUAAACGUCGUCGUUAGCCUUCGUUGUGGACAUAGGGGUCACUUCGGCUGCUUGAGAGAAUGGUUUGUUGAAGAAGAGAAUGUCGAAUGCCCCGGUGGCUGCGACUAUUCCAUCAUAUAG